AUGUACAGUUGCACAGAUUUUCAUGUGCAUGCGGCUCGUGACACCAAGAGCUUCCUCAGCGACGAAUCUGUUGAUAUCUUCGUCAAUGGCAAACCAACGGAUUUCAAGAUGUCCGUGAAGGAGGAUCACAAUUGCGCGUUCUUCGAUGGAAGCUUGAAGCUCACUUCGGAACAAAUUGCAAAGUUGAAGCUGCAUGUGGGGAUCAACGAAAUCUCUUUUUCAGUUUCAUCUGCUCCGAACACAAGAUUUGUGGCAGAGGUUUUUUUAUGGGAUGCCAACAAAGCCAUCGUGAUCUGUGACAUUGAUGGUACCCUCUUGCGGUCAGAUCUUCUCAGUUUCAGCGCAAGCAAAUUGGGCUUUGAUUCGGUUCACAAUGGUGCUUGUGAAGCGCUGUCGGCUCUUGAUGCAGCAGGCUAUCAAGUUGUUUAUCUUAGUGCGAAACCCAUUUCCAAGGCUUCGAGAAUGAGAGAUUUCUUGAAAAGAUUCACAACUCCGGAUGGUCAACACCACUUGCCCACUGGACCUCUCAUCACUGCUACCGACAGAACUUUGCAAGCUCUGGUGAAGAGCUUGCGAUCAGAGAACGAAUUGAGCAACUUCAAGACGCAUGUCUUGCAAGACAUCGUACAGGUUUUCAACCCGCAAUGUUCAAGUUCGCCAGACUUUAUGAUCUUUUCUGCUGGCUUCUGCAGCAAGCCGGCAGAUGCUCAGGCAUAUGCGGCGGCAGGGAUACCAAGAAACCGUAUCUUCAUAGUAGAUCAAAACGGCAGGCUGUCCAUCAGGGAAACGCGCGCAGUAUAUGAAUCGUAUGAGGAGCUUUUGAACGAGUUUCCAAGAUUGUUUCCUCCAGCUCAUAUCAUGAUAGAGAAGGAGGCAGAGUUGAGAAGAAGCGUCAACAAUGAAGUUCAUACAAGUGAAAAUGAGGAUCAUGACGGCCUUGGAUUGGAGCAGGGGGUUCGCCAACAGAUGAGGUUCUCCAUGAUCUUUCUUCAAACACAGAAACAUGUUCUGAUGUGCAACCAAUCAGAUCCAGCCAGACUCAGGCGACGAUGA